AUGGAACCCACAUUCUUUCCCAACAGGUCUGAUGAUCUCUUUCUUAUAAUGUGUGGAAACCUUCUGGUAAUAAUCUCUAUCAUAUACUUCAAACAGCUCCACACUCCUACAAACUACCUCAUCCUCUCUCUGGCUGUGGCUGACCUGCUUGUUGGUGUUGUAGUUUUGCCUUUUAGCACACUACUGGCUGUAAGCUCAUGUUGGCAUCUUGAAGGUUUGCUCUAUAGAUAUUAUGCAGUGUGUCAGCCUCUGAGGUACAGAACUAAAAUAACUGUCCAUGUUAUUGUGAUCAUGAUCCUAGUGAGCUGGACUGUUUCUGCACUAAAUGGAAUUGGCCUCACAAUUCGAGGACUGAAUGAAGAACAAUCUAACAGGUGUGUUUUAUUUCAGCGUCUCACAAGUUUAGGAAUUAUGGGAACCUUUUUUGCUUAUUACCUCCCAGGUAUUGUAAUGUUCAUCAUCUACCUAAAGAUCUUGAUGGUGUCACAGAGACAGGUACGCAGCAUCCAGAACACAAUCUGUCAGAACACAAAGUCUGGAGCAACCAUCAGUAAGAUGGAGAGAAAGGCCACCAAAACUCUGGCUAUUGUUAUGGGAGUUUUUCUCAUCUGUUGGACUCCUUUCUUUCUCUGUUUCACCUUUUACCCUUUGAGUAAUUACACAAUACCAGUUUCUGUGAUUGCAUCAUUUAAAUGGCUUGGAUGGUCAAAUUCAAUGCUCAAUCCAUUUGUCUAUGGUUUCUUUUACACCUGGUUUCGAACAUCUUUCAAAAUGAUAAUUUCUGGGAAAAUAUUUCAAGGCUGA